AUGAAUACGUCGAUGCUGUUAUUUCGGCAACAGAAGCGAAAUCUGGAUAUGCUUCGACAAAAACUUCGAUGGUCAGUUUCCCAUGGUGUGAAUCUACCUGAGAAUGUAAACUUACGUCCAUAUAUGACAGAAAUUGAAGAUCAAGGAGACAUGGGCAGUUGUGUAGCGAAUGCUAUCGCAGGUUCGUUAGAGUAUCUUUACAAACGCUAUGCGCGACUGAAACUUGAUGUCAGUCGAUUAUUUAUUGAUUUUAAUGCUCGUAUUGCAAAUCUUGAUUGGCGUAAUCAACAACAGUUCGUGAUUGAUAUCAACAAUCCACGGAAUAGUUUCGGUACGCAGAGAGAAGCUGGCUUACGAGCUUUGCAGCAGUACGGCUUUUGCAAGGAAUCCCUAUGGCCAUAUGAUCGAAGUUUGUAUUUGCGGCCGCCGCCGCUUUCAGUUUACAAAGAAGCAGCACGUCGUUCAAUAAUUCCUCUGAAAAUACCGAUCAAUGUCGAUAGCGUUCGGACAUGCCUGGCUCAUCAAAUACCCGUACUUGUUGGGAUUCUUCUUAGCUCGAAUGACGCUUAUCACAACCAAGGGUGGAUAAAAAUACCGACUAAGCCGCCAGUUGAUGAAGGAUAUCAUGCCUGUUUAGUAGUUGGUUAUGAUGAUAGUACUGAACAUUUUAUUAUUCGAAAUUCAUGGGGUGCUCAAUGGGGUGACAAAGGCUAUUGCUAUGUACCAUAUCAAUAUUUAGUUGAUAGACGUCUUGUUGCUCCAGAAAGUACAUUUUGGGCCGUAGCUCAAAUUAUACCGCGGAAAAUGAUGAGAAGAGGAUAUCUGAGCUAUCCGAAUUUCACUCAAUACCAUUGGGAAUCAGCGACGGACCAAGCCUUUUAUCAAUUCUGCUUCCGACGACAACUUUUUACGCAACGAAUAUAUACAAACAGAUGA